AUGAUGGCUACAAACCACGGGGAUCUCUCUCAUCUACUACCUAGUGAUCUGAGUGAGGUUAUAGCUGCCUGGUUGCGGGAAGAUUGCCCCGCCUUUGAUUAUGGCGGCUUCGUAGUUGGGCAGGAGCCUGCUGUGGCAGAGCUCUUGGGAAAGAGCGCUGGCAUAACGGCUGGGGUCCCUUUCUUUAACGAGGUCUUUCGGCAGUUGGGCUGCACUGUAGAAUGGGUGAAACCAGAGGGCUCUCAAAUCCCUGCCAAUUCAAAGACCCAUGUCGCAACCGUACGAGGGCCGGUCCGAAAGAUUCUUCUUGGUGAGCGCGUAGCAUUGAACGUCCUAGCUCGUUGCUCAGGUAUUGCGACUCAAUCUGCCCGUCUCCUUUCCCUUGUGCGGCAGGCGGGCUAUAACAACAUCCUGUGUGGUACUCGGAAGACCACUCCAGGAUUUCGCCUAGUCGAGAAGUAUGGCAUUCUUGUGGGUGGUUGUGACUCGCACCGCAUGGAUCUAAGCGCUAUGGUCAUGUUAAAAGACAAUCAUGUUGCCGCGGCUGGGAGCAUAAGUAAGGCAGUCCUUGCCGCCAAAACCACCUGUGGGUUCGCGGUAAAGGUGGAGGUAGAAUGUCAGAGCGAGGAACAGGCGGAUGAAGCGAUCGGAGCUGGGGCGGAUGUGAUAAUGCUCGAUAAUCUUUCCGGUGAUGGAGUGAAGAUUGCUGCAAAAAGCUUGAAGAGGAGAUGGAGAGGUAAAAAGGCAUUUGCCCUGGAAGUUAGUGGAGGCUUGACAGAGGAAAACGUCAAGGACGUUAUCUGUGCAGAUGUGGACAUUAUCAGCACCAGUAGCAUACACCAGGGUGUUGGACAUGUGGAUUUCUCAUUAAAGAUCGUUCAAGGGCCUAAGUAA